AUGUUACCAUCAGAAGAUUCGAACACAUUAGGCUCAGAUGGUCAGCAGUCCAAUCGCUCUUUUAAUGGUACAGUAAACUCGACUAAUGGUAAAGCAUACUCGGUUACUGUACCAUCAACCCGAAGAUCAUAUACAACCACGACCAUAGUAACAUCGACCACAUUUACUCAGUCAUUUAUGACAAAAGCGGCGAUAGCACCAGUCUGGUCGGUGGGACUCGGCCUGGUACUACUGGUCGUGUGUGUGGGACUGAACAUUACCGCGGUGACGUUGUAUCUAUGUUACAGAAGGAAGAACGUUAGGAGGAGGGAUCCGCCUGUGAAUACGAUAAAGACAUCUACUCUACAUGCCUUUCCUCCACAGCAACAUCAUGGGCCUGUCAUGCAUUCCACCAUGGCAUGA